CGGAUCCUGAGGAACAUGGAGGCCUCCUUGACGGCCCGAGAUCGCGUGGGCAUCCAGGAUUUUGUCCUCCUGGAUGCCUACACGAGUGAGAGUGCCUUCCUGGACAACCUGAGGAAACGCUUCCACGAGAAUCUCAUUUACACCUACAUCGGGACUCUGCUGGUGUCGGUGAACCCGUACAAAGAGUUGGACAUCUACAGCAAAAAGCAAAUGGACACGUACAUGGGAGUUAACUUCUUUGAGCUGCCGCCUCAUAUCUACGCUCUGGCAGAUAACGUCUUCCGCACCAUGAAGUCUGAAUUCAACAACCACUUCAUCCUGAUCUCUGGGGAGAGUGGGGCUGGAAAAACCGAGGCCUCCAAGAAAAUUCUUCAGUUCUACGCCGUCAGCUGUCCAAGCACCAAAGUCCUAAACAACGUCCGGGACAGGCUGCUUCUCUCUAAUCCAGUGCUCGAAGCUUUCGGAAAUGCCAAAACUCUGAAGAACGACAACUCAAGCCGCUUCGGGAAAUACAUGGACAUCCAGUUUGACCACCAGGGUGGAGCUGUCGGGGGUCACAUUCUCAAUUACCUGCUGGAGAAGUCCCGUGUGGUGCACCAGAACCACGGAGAGAGAAAUUUCCACAUCUUCUACCAGCUGGUGGAAGGAGGAGAAGAAGACCUGCUCCUCUGGCUUGGCCUGGAGAGGAACUGCAAGAACUACCGUUACCUUGUACAGGGAGAUUGUGCCAAAGUUAGCUCUAUCAACGAUAAACGUGAGUGGAAGACAGUGAGGAAAGCACUUUCUGUCAUAGACUUCAGUGAAGGGGAAACUGAGGACCUGUUUGGAGUUAUUGGUAGCGUGCUCCACUUAGGAAAUGUAAAGUUUGAUGCAGAUGCUCGAGGAUACGCCACUCUCAGCAACAACCCAGAGUUGCAAUGGGUGUCAAAGUUGUUGGGGAUUCCUAAUCAGGUGCUACAACAGGGCUUAACCCACAGAAAGAUAGAAGCCAAAACAGAGGAGGUGCUCAGUCCCUUCUCCGUGGACCAUGCAGUAUAUGCCAGGGAUGCCCUUGCCAAAGCCAUCUACGGCCGCACUUUCAACUGGCUGGUCAACAAGAUCAAUGAAUCUUUAGCUAACAAGGAUUCGUCCAGGAAAACAGUGAUUGGUUUGCUGGACAUCUAUGGGUUUGAAGUUUUCAAUGUGAACAGCUUCGAACAGUUUUGCAUCAACUUCUGCAACGAGAAGCUGCAGCAGCUUUUCAUCCAGCUGACCCUCAAAUCAGAACAGGAGGAAUACGAGAUGGAGGGGAUUGAGUGGGAACCGGUGCCAUAUUUCAACAACAAGAUCAUCUGUGAUCUGGUGGAGGAAAAAUUUAGAGGAAUUAUCUCUUUGCUGGAUGAGGAGUGUCUGCGCCCUGGAGAGGCCACAGAUCUCACUUUCCUGGAAAAGAUUGAGGAAAAAAUUGGCGGCCAUCCUCACUUUGUCACUCACAAACUUGCAAACAAAGACACAAGAAAAACACUGAACCGAGGAGACUUCCGUCUGUUGCACUACGCUGGGGAGGUCACAUACUGUGUUGUUGGAUUCUUGGACAAAAACAAUGAUCUGUUGUAUCGAACUGGAAAAGAGGUCAUGAGGCAGUCCAAGAACGCCAUCAUCAAACAUUGUUUUCCCUCCAGUGAACCAGACAGCAAGAAGAGGCCCGAAACUGUGGUGACCCAGUUUAAGAAUAGCCUGGUUGGCCUGACUGAGAUCUUAAUGUCCAAAGAACCUUGGUAUGUCCGCUGCGUUAAACCCAACGAAGCCAAACAGCCAGGCCAGUUUGAUGAUGUGUUGGUUAGACAUCAAGUUAAGUACCUGGGGCUGAUGGAGCACCUCAGGGUCAGACGGGCUGGGUUUGCAUAUCGCCGUAAAUAUGAGAUAUUUCUCCAGAGAUACAAGGCUUUGUGUCCGGACACCUGGCCCAACUGGAAAGGUAGUCCAGCAGAAGGUGUGCUGUGCCUCAUUAAACACUUGGGUUAUAAACCUGAUGAGUACAAGAUGGGAAGGACAAAGAUUUUCAUCCGCCACCCUCGGACUCUGUUUGCAACAGAGGACGCCUUUCAGAUCUGCAAACAUAAGCUAGCAACAAGGAUUCAGGCCAAAUAUAAAGGCUACAGGGUGAAAGAGGACUACCUGAAACAGAAGGAGGCUGCCACAAAGAUAGAGAACUGUUGGAGAGGUCUGAUGGCGAGGAAGGAACGGGAGAGGAGAGCUUGGGCCGUCAAAGUCAUCAAACGGUUCAUCAAAGGUUUCAUGGCCAGAAAUGAACCAGCCUGCAUCGACAACAGUGAAUACCUGGCCUACGUGAGGCAGAACUACCUCUCACGACUGAAGGAGAACCUUCCCAAAACCGUCCUGGAGAAAGACUCCUGGCUCACGCCGCCUCCUGUCAUGAGGGAGGUCUCACAACGCCUACAGAAGAUUUACAUUCGCAGCCUGGUGAGAAAGUAUGUCCGCGGACUCACCCCCCAAAGGAAAUCACAGCUCCUGUUGAAAGUCCAGACCAGCUCCAUGUUCAAAGGAAAAAAGGAGAACUAUCCCUUUAGUGUGUGCAGACUGUUUGUGGACACCAGGAUUAUUCUAGAAGACAUACACAUGAAGGUCCUUCAGAUGAUUCAACAUGAGCACAUCAAGUACAGUGUUCCCGUGGUGAAAUACGACAGGAACGGCUUCAGGCCUCGUCUCCGGCAGCUCAUCUUCACCCAGGAAGCUGCUUACCUGAUCGAAGAGGCCAAAAUCAAGCAGCGGAUCAAUUACACCUCUCUGAAAGGCGUGUCUGUGAGCAACCUGAGUGACAACUUCCUGAUCCUUCAUGUCACGUGUGAUGAUCUUAAACAAAAGGGAGAUCUGGUUCUGCAGUGCGACCACCUGUUCGAAGCCCUGACCAAGCUGAGUGUUACUGCUGACAAGCAGAACUGCAUCAAAGUGGUCCAGGGAAGUGUGAGAUUUGACAUCCAGCCUGGCAGAGAGGGGUUUGUUGACUUCAAGAGUGGUCAGGAAUCCACCGUCUACAGGGCAAAGAACGGUCACUUGAUGGUGGAAUCAACAAGAGUCAAGUCCAGAUGA